AUACUCAUACAGAAAAUGUCUCAUCCAUUUGUUGUUGUACGUGGGUCUCUAGUUGUGUCAACAAUAAAUUAGUUUUUAUAUCAUUCAUGGGUGUGUAAUCAAAGAUUCUAUGUUUCGCACAAAAACAUUUUCAAAUCGAAUUGUAAAUUGUGGAAAAGUGGUGCAAAACAAACUAUAAGAAAUCGCUCAUAAAUUGUGCGUCGAGCCGGAAGUAAGUGUACUUGAUGUGAUUCAUUUGGGAAUGAAAAGAUUUUUUUUUUUGAGUGAUUAAAACAUAUAGCGACAUUUUUUUUUUCGUGUGUGCAAUGUGUAUAUAUGGAGAUUCACCCGCAUCGCUUUCCGUCAUACAUUUUGAUAGCUUUCAAUUGAAACCAAUUGGCAUUGGUUGCUAUCGCUACACCGAGAUGUUUUGAGAUAAAUCUAUAUUUAUUUAGUUUUCAAAUUGGUGAUGCGAAAAUGUGUGAAGCAUAAAAAUGAAAUCAGUGUUGUUCACACUCUAGUAGUUUUUGUGCAAAGCCGCUACUGUGGUGCAUCUGAUGUGUGGCGAGAAUAAACUCAAUUGGCCGUCACACCUAAUGCGCUUCUGAUGUGCAUCGGAAAUCCAUUUGCAUUCAUCUUAUUUGGUUGUGCAUACAGAUAUAGUGACACAGUUUGUGCAUAGAUGUGGAAAUUUUGUCAGAAUGACAGAGAAAAUCACACUUUCGGAUGCAUUAUCAAAUGUUGAGGUAUUGGACGAGUUGCCAUUACCCGACGAACAGCCAUGCAUUGAAGCACAACCAUGUUCGGCCGUUUAUCGUGCCAAUUUCGAUACAAAUUUCGAAGAUCGCAAUGGUUUUGUCACCGGUAUUGCCAAAUACAUCGAAGAAGCCACGACACAUGCUCAACUAAAUGAGUUACUGGACGAGGGUCAAAAGCAUGCUGUUAUGCUGUACACUUGGAGAUGUUGUUCACGGGCCAUUCCACAACCAAAGUCAAACGAACAACCGAAUCGUGUUGAAAUUUACGAGAAAACUGUCGAAGUUCUCGCACCAGAGGUCAACAAACUGUUGAAUUUCAUGUACUUCCAGCGUAAAGCCAUUGAGGCAUUUUCCGGUGAGGUGAAACGUUUGUGUCACACAGAAAAGCGAAAAGAUUUUGUGUCGGAGGCCUAUCUUCUCACCUUGGGAAAGUUCAUCAAUAUGUUUGCCGUGUUGGACGAAUUGAAGAACAUGAAAUCAAGUGUGAAGAAUGAUUACAGUACGUAUCGUCGAGCGGCUCAAUUUUUGAAAGUUAUGUCAGACACGCACACCCUGCAGGAAUCACAGAAUCUAUCCAUGUUUUUGGCCACACAGAACAAAAUUCGUGACACGGUCAAAGAUACACUCGAAAAAAUUCCGGGCUACGAAGACCUCUUGUCGGAUGUGGUGAACAUUUGCGUGCACAUGUUCGAAACAAAGAUGUACAUAACGCCCGAAGAGAAGCAUAUGCUGGUGAAAGUAAUGGGUUUCGGUUUGUUCUUGAUGGAUAGCGAUAUGUGCAAUAUCAAUAAGUUGGACCAAAAGAAAAAAUUGCGAUUGGAUCGCAUCGAUCGUAUUUUCAAGAAUUUGGAAGUGGUUCCGUUGUUUGGCGACAUGCAAAUUGCGCCAUUCAAUUACAUCAAGCGAAGCAAGCAUUUCGAUCCAAGUAAAUGGCCGUUGUCAAGCUCAACUGCAAUCAGCCCGCAAGCUGAUUUGAUGGUUCAUCUGCCACAGAUUCGAGACGAUCACGUCAAAUACAUCUCUGAAUUGGCUCGUUACACAAACGAGGUGACGACCACUGUCAAAGACAACCCGACCGAUGGAGAGAAUCGAAUAACCGGUGAUUUGGCAUUGCGUGGCCUGCAAUUGCUGUCCGAAUGGAGCAGUGUUGUAACGGAAUUAUACUCAUGGAAACUGUUGCAUCCAACCGAUCAUCACCAGAAUAAAGAUUGCCCGGUCGAAGCCGAAGAAUAUGAACGGGCCACUCGCUACAAUUACACCGAGGAGGAAAAGUUCGCUUUGAUCGAAGUCAUUGCAAUGAUCAAGGGAUUGCAAGUGCUUAUGGCACGCAUUGAAACGGUACUGUGUGAAGCGAUCAGACGAAGCAUUUAUGCGGAACUACAAGAUUUUGUGCAGCUCACAUUGCGCGAACCAUUCCGGAAGGCAAUUAAAAAUAAAAAAGAUUUGAUUCGCAGUAUUUUGAUGUCGGUGCGGGAAUCGUGUGCUGAUUGGCAAAAGGGAUGCGAACCAUCCGAUGAUCCAAUUUUGAAAGGUAAAAAAGAUCCAGACGGUGGAUUUAAAAUCAAUGUGCCACGCUUGAAUGUUGGCCCAUCGUCAACGCAAUUGUAUAUGGUGCGAACGAUGCUCGAGUCGCUGAUUGCCGACAAAUCGGGCGGCAAGCGAACGCUGCGCAAAGACAUUGAUGGUGCCUGCCUGGUGCAAAUCGACAACUUCCACAAGACUUCCUUCUUCUGGAACUACUUGCUCAAUUUCAGUGAAACAUUGCAAAAAUGUUGCGACCUGUCACAGCUGUGGUAUCGUGAGUUUUAUCUUGAAAUGACCAUGGGCCGCAAAGUCAACAAAUGUACCGUUCGUCAUCAGCACAAUGAGGAGUGCAGCGAUCUGAUUACAAUGGAGAAACGCAUUCAAUUCCCGAUCGAAAUGUCGAUGCCGUGGAUUUUAACCGAUCACAUUCUGCGCACAAAGGAACCAUCGAUGAUGGAAUUCGUUUUAUAUCCAUUGGACUUGUACAAUGAUUCGGCACAUUAUGCGCUUACCGUUUUUCGUAAACAAUUUUUAUACGACGAAGUUGAAGCCGAAGUCAACUUAUGCUUCGAUCAAUUUGUAUUCAAAUUGAGCGAACAAAUCUUUUCGCACUAUAAACAAUUGGCCGGCAGCAUUUUCUUGGACAAACGAUUCCGCGUUGAGUGCGAAGUGCUAGGCUUCAAUUUCCAAUCGUAUCCGCGUAACAAUCGAUAUGAAACUUUACUCAAACAACGACACGUUCAAUUGCUCGGUCGAUCGAUUGAUUUGAAUAAAUUAAUCACACAACGAAUUAACGCGGAUAUGCAGAAAAGCUUGGAACUUGCCAUUAGCCGCUUUGAAUCAUCCGAUAUUUCUGGCGUUGUGGAACUGGAAGGCCUAAUUCAAGUGAAUCGCAUCUGUCACAAAUUGCUCAGCAAAUGGUUAGCUCUGGACGAUUUCGAGAGUAUGCUCAAGGAAUCCAAUCAUAAUGUGUUAGCUCCGUACGGAAGAAUCACAUUGCAUGUAUUUGUUGAGCUCAACUAUGAUUUUCUGUCGAAUUAUUGCUAUAAUGCAGCAACGAAUAGAUUCGUUCGAAGCAAAGUGCAAAUUUCAUUUGCACAGGCAAUGCAACGCGAUAAGCCACUGCAAAUGGCACAUCACUAUCUGUGGGGCUCAAAACAAUUGAAUGCCGCUUACUCAGCACAAUACGGCCAAUACACUGGAUUCGUUGGUUCACCACACUUCCAUGCGAUGUGCCGAUUGCUUGGCUAUCAAGGCAUUGCCGUGGUUAUUGAAAUCAUACUGAAAGACAUCGUUAAGCCACUCAUUCAAGGAAAUUUGCUUCAAUUCACAAAAACUCUGAUGUCAGCUAUGCCAAAGUCAUGCAAGUUGCCGCGAUGUGAUUAUGGAUCACCUGGCGUAUUGAGUUACUACCAAGCACAUUUGGUGGACAUAGUGCAAUAUCCGGAUGCAAGAACCGAACUCUUUCAAUUGUUCCGUGAGUUUGGUAACAGCAUCAUUUUCUGUUUGCUGAUUGAACAGGCAUUGUCACAAGAAGAAGUGUGUGAUUUGUUGCACGCAGCUCCAUUUCAGAAUAUUUUGCCCCGACCAUUCUGCAAAGAGGGUGAAAAACCAGAAGCAAAACAAAAGAGGCUAGAAGCCAAAUACACAGCAUUGCAAAUCGUUCCGAAUGUGGAAAAAUUCGGAACGGCCAAACAGGCACGAAUUGCACGCGAAGGUGAUUUGCUGACCAGAGAACGGCUAUGCUGCGGUUUGAGCAUAUUCGAAGUAAUUUUGGGUCGGAUCAAGGGCUAUCUAGACGAUCCAGUUUGGAUGGGACCAUUGCCAAUCAACGGAGUCAUGCACAUUGACGAAUGUUCAGAGUUUCAUCGAUUGUGGUCGGCACUUCAAUUUGUCUAUUGCAUUCCAGUUGGUGCUGGUGAAUAUACAGUCGAAGAGCUGUUCGGCGAAGGUCUUCACUGGGCUGGUUGUGCAAUGAUUGUAUUGCUGGGGCAGCAGCGUAAAUUCGAAGCAUUGGAUUUCUGUUAUCACAUUUUGAGAGUUCAGCGUGUUGAUGGCAAAGAUGACACAGUCAAAGGCAUCAAUCUGAAACGUAUGGUCGAUCGUAUACGACGUUUCCAAGUGUUGAACUCACAAGUAUUCGCCAUAUUCAAUAAAUAUUUGAAGAGCAACGACGGCGAAGGUUCAAAUGUUGAACAUGUUAGAUGCUUUCCACCACCACCGCAUCCAACGAUGAUGACUUCACAUUAUCAUGAUCCAAAUAAGCUGCGUCCACAAAAUUAAUGACAGACAAACAGCAACCAAUGUUAAGCAUAUUUAAUUGAAAGACUCACAAAUAUUAUUAGUAGCAUUUAUUAUUAACACAAAAAAACAACAUCAGCAACAAGAGAAAUUACAUGUCAACUUCGAAAUUCGAAAUAUGAAAAGCGAAUACGAUAGUUUACAUGAUGUUUAUUAUGCAUUGAUUGGUAAACUUUCUAUAUAUGAAUAAAAAUGAUAACUAGGUCAAA